AAUAGGGAACAGGGAAUAGGGAUACUGUCAAAGAAACACUGUCCAGAAAAGACGUUUGCUUUCAACUUGCUACUGUCAAAUAACCCAAGCUCAGCCGUGUCGGGGAGGACACACGCUGACACUCUCCGCUGAUUGUUUAUUUCCAGCAGCUAUUCGGUGACUUGCGUUAUUCCACACAGCAGCAGAUAAAUGUAGCAAUGCCUGAAAAACAUGUCUCACAAAGAAGAUAGUGGAGGGAAAAGGAGCGCUCAUUGCACUGAAUUGUAUGCCAGCGUCCCUCUAUCAUGUCUGCCCAUUGUGUACCACCCAGACUACAACAUCACCUUCAUGGGCCUUGAAAAGCUCCAUCCAUUUGAUGCUGGGAAGUGGGGGAAAGUCAUUCACUUCUUAAAAGAGGAGCAGUUCAUCACUGAUGGGAACAUUGUGGAAGCCCUUGAAGCAACUGAGGAGGAUCUGCUGGUUGUUCACACCAAACGCUACCUCAACAGAUUAAAGUGGUCUCUGGUGGUGGCAACAAUCACAGAAAUCCCACCUCUCCUGUUUCUGCCUAAUUUCCUGGUGCAGAGGAAGGUGUUGAGGCCUUUGCGGACACAGACAGGAGGGACAAUAAUGGCAGGAAAAUUGGCUAUUGACCGAGGAUGGGCUAUAAAUGUAGGAGGAGGCUUCCACCACUGCUCCAGUGACAGGGGAGGGGGCUUUUGUGCCUAUGCCGACAUCACUCUGGCCAUCAAGUUUUUGUUUGAAAGAGUGGAAGGCAUCUCCAGGGCUACCAUCAUCGAUCUGGAUGCUCAUCAGGGAAAUGGACACGAACGCGACUUUAUGGAUGACAGGCGAGUGUUCAUCAUGGAUAUGUAUAAUCGUUACAUAUAUCCAGGGGAUGGAUUUGCCAAAAGAGCCAUAAAAAGGAAGGUAGAGCUCGACUGGGGCACUGAGGAUUCUGAGUACCUUCAGAAAGUAGAGCUCCACUCUGAGGGAGCUCUGAAUGAGGUCCGACCUGACAUCAUCAUCUAUAAUGCAGGGACUGAUAUCUUGGAUGGAGACCCCCUUGGAGGACUCUCCAUAUCACCACAGGGCAUUGUAAAGAGAGAUGAGAUUGUGUUCAGGGCUGCGAGACAACGGGGCAUCCCUAUACUCAUGGUGACAUCUGGGGGAUACCAGAAAAAAACAGCUCGCAUCAUUGCCGACUCCAUCCUCAAUUUACAUCAGCAGGGCUUGAUUGGAGCAGAGGCUCUGGAGGGGCGAGUAUGAUGGGUAUGAUGUGCAGCUCUGGACCUGCAGGAUCAACACUCACUGCUGUGUAACACUCACAGGUGUGACCUCUGCCGCUGUGACAUUUGAAGGCAGUAACUUCAUAUUGUGCAGUUAUUGUGUGACAGCUUCAGUAAUAUUGUGAGGAACGCGUUUGGGUUUUUUUUUUUGUUUGUUUUCUAUCUUUUGGGGGGCGGGGGUAAAUGCUUGGUUUUUUUUGCACAUAUACAACAAAAAAAUCACAGGCUUUGUUAAUUUUAUAUGAAUAAGGUGGCAAUUACUGAAAGGGACUAAUCAUUCAAAGGCAAAAAUUGUACUCAAAAACACUGUCUUGACUGCCGCAGAUUUACUGUACAUAAGCUCUCACGUGCAACAAAAAGACUGUUUAAGUUUUAAUCCGUUGGAGAACGAUGGGUUUAUGUUUAAUGUAUGUUCAGGGCUGCAAAGAGGUAUUCUUUCAUCUCAGGAAAAGUAUUGUCAUUAGUGAAGGAUAUGAUAUAUUAAUAGACCAUGAAAUGGUACAGAAGUCUGAUGUUCCUACAGAUACACGCUAAGUAUAUUAAUUAUCCUCCAUCUGAGUUUAUGGUUAUGGGGGUGAAAAAUAAAGAUAACUCCUUGUAGAAAUUGUAACUAUCAAACAUAAUUUUUAGUGAAGUUUAACCUUAUUACAGAAGCUAAUUUCUUCUUCAGUCCUCAUUAGCACUUUGUUUUCUAAUUUCUAGCACAAAUUGGUGUUUUUCGCUUGAUAAUAUUAUAAUCAUUGUGGAGUUAAUGGUGUUUGAUUAAUCAAGUUCAACCAUUCAUGGGUUCUUGUACUUAAUGCACUUGGUGCUUUAAAUCCACUCUGAUAUGUACAGUUAAUGUUUACAGGGAGUAUCUACCACUGUAGAUACUAAAGUUUUGUCUCUUUAAGUCUGAACAGAUUAGAAAAAGUAAAACAUGUGACUCUGAGCACUUUAACUGGUGUAUGGUGGAAGAAGGUUCACCUACAUUCCUAAACUCCUGAAAAUCAAGGUUGGUUUUUGCAAUGUGUUCCUGUCGUCUAGAGGUGUUCAGUGAUUAAAGAGCAGGCCUUGUCCAGUGGAGCUUUUCAUGGGUUUUAACUUUGAUUGUUUUCUGCAGUGAGACAUUCAGAAGUCCCCUAAUUACACAUGCAGUGGUUGUCUAAAAGGAGACAAACAAGCUCUUUAAAAAUUAGAAUCAAAAUGAUUAAUGCAGCAGCAGGAACAAAAGCCUUAGUGUUGUGCCCUUUCCUUAUUUGUAAUAUAUAAAAUAGAUAUCAGAAUGCGCAAGUGUCACCAAAAAAAAGUCCUACAGGAAAAGAAACACCCAUUCAGACAGACAUUCAGACUGAUUUUAAACAAACUUACCCUGGUCCAAGACCAGACCUGAACCACCCCACACGUUACUGAUUUGUUUAGCAAUUUCAAUAGGUCAGGUACUGUUCUCAUUUAUGGCUGUUUCCUAAUGGAGACUACUACAAUUGGCUGCUUAGCAACAUUCAUGAAAAACAGCAACAGAAAUGUAUCCACAAAAAUGUUGAUGCAGCCAUACAGAUUGUUGUAACUUGACUUAAAGAAAUUCUUAACUCAGCAAAACUGCAAUGAUCGAGAAUUAUUCUAAGUGAUCCUCAAAACCACUACUGCAGCUUCCAUGUUAACUGACAAUAAUAUAGGGUAAAACCAAACAAAUGAAACCCCACUCCUAGGUAGAAAUAAAGUGUCAGACUGUCAGACUGAAAGAAUGAAGUGCAAAGAAAUUAUUUGUCUAAUAAUCAGUCUGAAACAACCCCCCAGGUUAACCAAACUUACCUUAAAAAAAAAAACAAAAAAAAAAAAACAAA